ACAUUUAAUAUAAUUUAAAAAGUUUGGCAUGGCGAUUGAUAAAGCGGCAACCGGCAAAAUAAUUAAUUUCUGAAAAAUACAGUAUUUUUAUCAAUAAUUUAAUGUAAAAUACGAUACAUAAAAUUUACCUGAAUUGCCGUAUUAAUAAGUGGCACAUUUGUGCACCGGAAGAGAAGGGCAGCAGAAAUGGCGCUGUCUAUGAAAUUCGAGAUCUGCCUGCUAGUCGCGCUCAUCGCCUACUUCAUAGCUUCCAAAAGAGUCUUCGAUCGAGUGUUCUCAACCAGCCACACUGUCAUAGACGAGCUAUUCCACGUGCCUAUGGGCUUGGCGUACUGUCACAGAAACUUCACUUACUGGGACCCGAAAAUAACCACCUUACCUGGCUUGUACAUGGUCUCUGCCACUUUCCUUGGCACAUAUUUUGAUUGUAACUUGUACAAUUUAAGAUUUGUCAACUUAGCCACGUCUGUACUUAACUUAGCACUGUUUGCAUCUAUAUUGAAGUAUGUUUACGGUAAUAAUGAAAACCAAGCUAAGAUUGUAAUACAGGCGCUGAACCUGUCUUUGUUACCACCGUUGUACUUCUUUUCGCAUGUGUAUUACACAGAUACAUUGUCUUUAAUGUUCCUGCUUGCUUAUUCUAGACUUUGUUUCAAUAAUCAGCAUAAAUUGAUAAUUCUUGGUCUUGGUGCUUGCGGUGUACUGGUGCGACAAACCAACGUUGUCUGGAUAGCCCUGGUGUUUGGCCACAAAGUCCUGGAUAUAUUUAUAAGAAGCUCUAGAGUCUAUGGUAACACAUACAUCAGCAAUUUAACAUUGAGCAAAUCAUCUUUUAUUGCAAAAGACGUUGAUAAAUCUAAACUAAGAAGGUAUUACGGAUUGCCAGAUUUGUUUGUAGCACUGAAAUAUCACGUCUCCACAUGUUUCACAACACUAUUUAAGUUUAUAACUUUGCAAGACUGGCUGAUACUAAUAAUACAUAGUACAAUACUGAUCUCAUUCUUAAUUUUUGUUUACGUAAAUGGUUCAAUAGUGGUUGGUGACAAGAAGGCUCACACUGCCACCCUACACCUGCCUCAGAUGCUAUAUUUCCUGCUGUUCUACGGUGUGUUCGGGCUGCCAUACGUUGUGGCUAAGAUUUCAGCAACAUUGAGGCUAAUGUAUAAGAAUAAGUUAUAUGUCAUUGUGUUGAGUGCUGUAGCGUUGCUUGUAGUCCAUUACAAUACCGUAGUCCACCCGUAUUUGCUAGCGGACAACAGGCACUAUACGUUCUAUGUGUGGAACAGAUGGUUCGGUAAAUAUGACUAUGCUGUUUACGCGACAGUGCCAGUGUAUAUUUUCCUAUUUUUCAGUCUGUACAGCAACCUCAAAGAUCAAAAUUGCAUAUCUUUCCUUCUGCCUUUUACAGUUUGUGCAUUUGCCGCGCUGGCAUUGCAGAAAAUGGUUGAGAUAAGGUACUUUUUGAUUCCAUACAUCAUUUUAAGGCUUCGCUUUGUACGGCCUUCAUUCCAAAUUGUGUUGUUUGAACUGUUGUGGUACAUUUUAUUGAAUGUUGUAACAUUCAAUUUGUUCUUCACUAAGGAAAUAUUUUGGAAGGACUUUGAUUAUGCCCAAAGAAUUAUUUGGUAAGAUGAGUAGGUACUUGCCUACUCUACUGAAACUGAAAGAUAGUAAUUAUAAUUUAAUGUAUAAGUAAUUAUAAUAUUUUAAAAGGGCACUUUAGGCUCUCAUUAUAUUUUUUAAUUUUUAUGUGUUUUGUUUGGAUUACUUAAUACUAAAUACUGGUAUAGUAAUAUUAAUAAUUUAAAUGAAUAUUUUCUCAUUCUCAGAUUUUUUUAUUAAUUAUAAAAAUGCUUUCUGACUGUCACAAAUAUUUUUCAAAUGAAUAAACCUAAGAUAAUUUAAAUAAUAACUUAAUGAUGUUCAAGAUGUAAUAUUUUGUUUUUAUGUGGAGGCCAUGCGUAUGAUUAUGUUAAAUGUGAAUAAUAAUAAAAUAGUUUUGUAACAGGUAAUACUAAUGUGAAAAAAUGCUGUUUACUUUUGUACCUACUUUAAGUAUCUACUUUGUAAAUUAAUGAUGAAUAUACCUGCCAUUUUGAAUGGA